GCAUCUCCAAAAGAGUUCAAGCAGACGGCUGACUUUGUGGUGAGAAGAAUAAAGAAACAUUAUAAGGAGUGAGAUCGUUAAUGUAGAUGUUUGGAACGCUACUUUGGCCGUUCAUCCUCUAUCUGGUCGCCAGCUCUUCCAUUCUGGAUCAUAUUUUCCUGUGGCUGUGUCGUUUGAUGCCGGGAGGGAGAAAAUUUGUCACCGUCAAGGCGAGUUGCCCGUCCAGUAUACGAAGUCUUCAGAACGCUGUACGAGGUUAUCGAAACGGAUCGCCCCCAUCUACCAGUGGAAUACAUUCGAUCUCUUCGUUGUUAACGAUCCCUCCACUGUACCACUAUCCUCAUCCUAACUUGCCUGUGUUUACCUCAAUGGGUUUCGAAAUUUUAUUUUUUUGCUAUCUUGUCAGCGCGCUUGUUCUUCAGCAUGUCAACAUCUACAAAACGAAUAUUCACAUGGUUGAUAUCCACCUUAUGUGGUUCAUUGCCAUUUUCCUGAGUCGAAGAGUGGCAUGGAAUGUAAUUGGACAGACACUAGCCUCGGAAGUACUAUGCACUGUCAAGUGUUUUGUUAACCUCUUCCUGAAGGGCGUGGCUCUUCUAUCACUUGUGUCAAGCUUUGUAUGGUUGUCAUGGAGAAUUAUUCAGCAAAACAGUAUACAAAAUUGCCUUUUUCUCUGCUACCCGUCAGUGAUGUAUAUAAUUACGUUUGGCUUCACCCUGGAUCCCCAGGGAAAUAAAGUAAUGCUUAAACUGAGUCCACACCAAGAGCUAGGCCCAUUAUCACAGCUACAGCUACUACAGAGCAGCCUACUGGACGCUAAAGGUGUAAUGGUGAACGGAAAUUCUAAACAGGAACUACCAGCUCCUCAACCAUGUUCACUGCCACCGGAUGCAGUGCGAUACGAAACAGAAUGCCUGAGAACCGAUUUUAAUCUUCGGAUCAAACAGGUUCUAUUUCAGUCACUCGUAUGCGCUUACUAUGUUGGGUUUAUUCCGAUGAAGUUCUCAGAGCAACAUUAUGUGUAUUACGACAUGUGGUGGGCUUGUCAGCACACGCUUUUCGUUUGGCUGAGCUGUUUGCUAAUGUUAAUGAUGUACAUGUUACCGCUGAAUUAUUGUGACGCUUUACAUAAGUGUGCACUGCAUCUUGGCGGAUGGGAGAGAUAUCCCUGCGGUCACCGCGACACUCCACAUGUAUGGUCAGCAUUAACGGUAUGGCCUCAGGGGGUCCUGGUGCGGCAUGGUAAACUUCUAUACAGAGCGCUCGGUAUUCACAAUGUUGCAAUCCCAGGGGACGCGCAUCAUGGAAGAUUUUUCUUCAUGUUCGAAUCUCCCUUGCGACUCGUCAACUGGAUGGCAGCAGUUCUGUUGUUACUUGUCUUAUAUCAGCUGUUUAUGAUAACAAGGUCCCACUCUUGGCACCAGCUUCUCUCGGUCACUGGGCUCCUGACGUUUAAUUACCUGAUUCUCUACAGGCUCUUCCGAGAUCGCUGGGCACUUCAGGCUGUGGUACGAGAGAGAACAGGAACUUAAGUUCCUAACUAUAGAGCCACUCUUUAUUCUGUGCAAAGUGCGAAAAUGUGAUUAGUUACAACUUAUUGGGCAAGGUGCAAAGGUACAUGCAGAUUUUAUACCACCAGUCGUUUAGGGGUCUUCAUCUGCGAUCAAUUUCAAACAGUUAUUAUUCAGAUGAUAUGGGUUGGUUUGACUCGGAAAAUUUACCGUGCAUACUGUUCGGACUCUGUCCUUCUUACUGCGAGGGUUAUUUUUCUUGGUGAUAAAUUUCAAAUUU